AAGGGAAGGACUGGCGGCGGAGAGGUGGUUUGGGGACCGAGCGGGACAGGGGCGUCCCACUGCCCGAUCCCACCCCGGCGCUUUGCAUAAAUAAAUAAAUCAUGCAGCAAGGGAGAGGUGGAGAGAGAGGGCGAGCAGAGGAGGUUACUUUGGGAAGCCGCGCAGCUCGCUCAUCCCAGCCCCGUAGUUCGGAGGGAGUGUGUCAUGUUACAGGGGAGCCACGAUCAGCCAGAGCACAACGUCGCCGGAGCAGCUGAGAAUUACCUCUCUCUAAUGGGGACUUUCAUGUGCGAGCUCCUGGCCAGUCUGCGAAGGAACUGAAACUGACAGCUUAGAAAGAAUCAAAAUCCUACCAGCGAACCAAAAGACUGAAAUACAGGAGGAAAAAAAAAAUCUUGAUCAGAUUAUUUUCCCCCCCCUCGCACUCUUUGCUGCAGUUGGAUCCCUUUUUUUUCUGCACCCCUUUUAUGUGACAGGGAGGGAAUGUUGGAGGAGAAGAGCUGGAAAGGCGUCGACGAAGCAGCUUUUGACAGGGGGUGUGUGGCUCCCCCCAGGACCGGCGAUGGGGAGAGAUGCUGCCGCCUCCCUCUCCUGCUGGGCUCGGGGCUGCCCGGCGUGUCCCUGCUCUCUCUGGUGCUGAGCCUCCUGCUGUACUUUCGGACCUCGGAUCUGCAGUCCCGGGUGUCCCACUUGGAAGCAGACAGACCCACACAGCUCCCUGCCUGGCUCUCAGCAGACCAAAUGGAGACAGCUAUUUUGGGAAGAGUUGACCAACUGCUCAAUGAGAAAUUAAAGUUCCACUUGCCAAGACAUCGAGAAGUUCGAGACACACACCAGCGAUGCGACUGCCCGGCAGGUCCACCUGGGGACAAAGGUGCCAUGGGAAUCCCUGGGCGGCCGGGACUAAAAGGGCAAUCCGGAGAGAAGGGUGCUCCAGGAGAAGCUGGCAUGUCCAUCAUCGGUCCCCGCGGUCCACCCGGACAGCCUGGAACAAGAGGUUUUCCUGGAUUCCCGGGCCCUAUUGGCUUGGAUGGCAAACCGGGGCAUCCUGGACAGAAGGGAGAGAUGGGUGCUGCAGGUCCCAGGGGACAACCUGGACCCCCAGGACAAAAAGGAGAGAAGGGUCAGUGUGCAGAGUACCCGCACAGGCUGCUGCCUCUCCUCAAUUCAGUGCGGCUGGCUCCACCUCCGGUCAUAAAGAGACGCACUUUCCAGGGUGAACAAGGACAGGCAGGGAUACAAGGUCCCCCAGGGCCCCCUGGUCCUCCAGGGCCCCCUGGACCAGCUGGACCCGAAGGAAUCCCAGGACGUCCUGGGCCAGUUGGACCCCCUGGCAGAGCAGGAGAACCUGGAAAGCCUGGCAGAGAUGGAAAGGGCUUACCUGGGCCUCCUGGACCAAAGGGAGAUGCUGGGAUUCAGGGAUACCCUGGCAGAAAGGGUGAGGCGGGCGAGUCGGGCCUGCCCGGUGCCCAUGGCCUCCCUGGAGCCUCUGGCCCCAAGGGUGAAAAAGGGGAUGCUGGCAUAAAGGGGGAGAGAGGCAUGCCAGGGCUGCCAGGAAGACAUGGCUCCAAGGGCGCUCCCGGGAUGGCCGCCGCAGGGAUGAAGGGCGAGCCUGGGACUCCAGGAGAAAAGGGAGAUUCUGGAGUGCCAGGGAGGAUGGGCCCCCCAGGUUUGCCAGGGAAGAGGGGGCAGCGGGGUGAGAAGGGACGAGCUGGUGACCCUGGAAUUCCUGGACUUCCUGGCCCAAAGGGAGAGAAGGGAACUGCUGAGAAUGCCUUGGUGGGAGCUAAAGGAGAACCUGGCCCCCCAGGUCUGCCUGGACCCCCUGGACCAAAGGGAGAAGCUGGUGACGUUGGCCAGCCUGGUGCUGCAGGAUCACAGGGAGAAAAGGGGGAACGUGGUUCACCAGGAGACCAGGGACCCGUGGGCCCAAGGGGUCCCAAAGGAGAGCCUGGGAAGGAUGAAAUGAUGGACUAUGAUGGGAACAUCAGUGAAGCUCUCCAGGAAAUACGAACUUUGGCCUUGAUGGGACCCCCAGGACGUCCAGGUGUGGCUGGACCUCCAGGGCCACCAGGACAGAAGGGUGAAAUUGGCUUGCCAGGUCCUCCAGGCCACGAUGGAGAAAAGGGACCACGUGGCAAGCCUGGAGAAAUGGGUCCCCCUGGGCCUCAGGGACUGCCAGGAAAGGAUGGACCUCCUGGGAUGAAGGGAGAGCCAGGCCACGUCGGGGGCAGAGGAGAGAAGGGUGAUAAGGGAGAGCCAGGACAAGCGGGCUCACCGGGUCUAGAUGGCCCCACUGGAGAGAAGGGCGAACAAGGUGACCAAGGGAUGCCAGGACCAUCAGGAUUGCCAGGGCCCAUUGGACUUCCAGGAUUGACAAUAUCUGGGCCCCCUGGACCCCAGGGCCCUCCAGGACCUCCAGGUCUUCAGGGUGUCCCAGGACCCAAGGGGGAAGCAGGGAUUGAUGGAGUGAAAGGAGAGAAGGGUGCCCAGGGUGAAAAAGGAGACAGAGGGCCACUGGGAUUACCCGGUGCUUCAGGUUUAGACGGCAGGCCUGGACCACCGGGUAUUCCAGGACCAAUUGGGGCUUCGGGACCAGCAGGACCAAAGGGAGAAAGGGGCAGCAAAGGAGAUCCUGGAGUUGCAGGACCAAUGGGGCCAGCAGGGCUUCCUGGUUUACAAGGUCUACCUGGUGACAAGGGAGUCCGGGGGGAGAGGGGCAAGAAAGGCUCUAGAGGGUCUAAAGGGGAUAAGGGAGACCAAGGAGCACCUGGAUUAGAUGCACCCUGUCCGUUGGGAGAAGAUGGCCUUCCAGUUCAAGGCUGCUGGAAUAAGGGUCAAACUCCUUGGCUGAUAGCCAGAAAGUGAGUCUGAGGGUGGAGAAGCUUGGGAAAUGGCAGCAGAGGGAAAGGAGAAGGAGGACCUUCCUGAAGAUUUGCUGGAGAUGUUUUGCAAGUUCCCUCCCUGGAGCUUGGGAAGAGUUCCUCAGCAGUGCACCAGGAAUGUGUGCCCAGAUGCUGGGCCUGCAGGAGCUCGGAGUGCCAGCACUUUCUGCUUUGCUUUCUGUUUUCUCCCAGAGGCCAGUGGCAGGGGUUGAGAAUGGCACCAUUUAUAUUCUUUUUCUUUGGUCAUUUUCACUUUAUUCUACUAUUGUGGUCAGACUCUUCAGAUGAAGAAUUAGGCUCAUUUUCCAGCAGCAGCUACAUAAAUGAGUGCAAGACACAGACAAUAUUUCUGGGAGGGGAUCCUUUGAUCCAAGAAAGAAACCCUUCUUGAACAUUUCUCUUUAGAAAAGCAGAGAAAUCCCAGAACUGUGUUCAGUUCAGAGUGCUGCUCAGAGAGGAUGUGAUAACACUUUUUGCUACCAUUUCUGCUUACCAGGUGACAAACUUCCACCUGUAUCAUUGAUGAUUCCAUCUUUAACCUUUUCAUCACAAACUUCCUUCUCCCGUUUAAUUAUAAGGAAAUGACAUUGGUUUGUUUGGGUUUUCUAAAACCAUACUGGAUUCUGAAGGCAUGAAAUAUGUUGUCGGAAGAGGAAAAUGUGGAGUGUGGAAAAAGUCUGGUUUCACGGACUAAUUCCUUUGCUUUCUGUGCUUGUGCUUUGGUCUCCACUGCACCCUCUGGAUGUACUUUGUCUGGAGCCCUCCAGAAAUGCUUUCUGCUGGCCCAUUAAGGCUCUUUUGUGGGUACAUCUCCCCAGAUGUACAUCCAGAUGGAAAAGAAGGAUCACAAGGGUUCGAUUCCACUGUUACAUGUUUUAAUAUGUUCACUAAAGGGAAAUAAAGAUUGGCAAAGUGCUGAGGGGUUCAGAGGACAUUUCCCAGCUGCCUAAAGGACAGAAUAUACAAUCCUGGAUACUUCCUACCAGCUGCCAUGCAAGCCUGGCAUCCUUUACUCAGCCUCCACUGCUGAAGGUUAGCAUGUAAGCUCAAGUGUCUUUCCACCACGGCUCUUGCAAUUUAUUUUAAAAACCCCAAACUUAAAAUAAGUACCUGUCUUUUGAACGUGACAAAACACCUCUGCUUUCCUGAGUGCGUUGGGAAUCCCGUUUGCCCAAGAACUAAACCACGUAUUUAACACUUUGAGGGAGUGAUUCCCCGCUGGCCUAAAUGAUGCCAUUUGCAUAUUGAAAUACUUGGGUGAGCCAGGGCUAUUGUUAUUAGAGCUAAUGAAUGAUAUUAUCUCAAUCAUUAGACAUCCAAGUGCUAAGCGAUUCACAUUACAGCUGGGGAGAAAGUGCUGAUUUCAAGCUGAAAGGGAUGCCAUUAGCCCAGAGCAAUCCCAGAUUCAAACACUCUUUGUCAGCACAAGUGGAAUGAUUCUGAUCUUCUGAUAAGGACGUCUGUACCUGACAGCCAUCUCCUCUCUCCGAUGCACAGAAAGUCCACUGUUAAAAUAAGUCCAGGUUUGCAAAGAUUCGGGGAAAAGUCCUGCUCUCAGGUUCAUCUGAAGAAUUGCAGAUUUUUUUUUUUGAAGUUUCUAACAGAUGUGUUCAGGAAAUAGAGUAGUGGGGGAAGAAAUUGUUUCAGCUGGGAACCAGGCUGGUGGAAAUAUUAAUUUAUUUUAUUUGUAUUUUUUUUUAAUUUUUACUUUUUUGGGGUGGGCGGAGGGAGAACCUGACCAGAACUGCAGGCGGUAGGGUGUGCAUUUUUCCUUCUUUUUUAAUGAAAACCAUUAUAUAUAUAGUUUGAUAAUGUUGCUUUUACUUUUUGUGAAUGAUUUUUGGGGGGCAAUUUGUUUGCUCUGUUCUGUUUUCUUUUAGUAUAUUUUAAUGGGCUUUUGGAAUAAGUGCAUAGGAGUUCCUCACCCAAAAUGUCCUAAGGACAUUCCUGUUGUGUUUUUUCCCCCCAAGUUCAGUAGUGAAAAGGUGCUUUCUAUCGGCAAAGGCGUUUUUAGUGGGGAUAAACAUAUCCCCAAAGGCCACACCUAGGGACCAGGUGCCAGCGACCUCUCCCAGACAAAACGCUCCCUCCACAACGCUUCAUUUACAUUUACAAAGAUCCGAAGGGCUAUGUUAGGGACCAGCCGCUUGGAAAUGGUCUCUUCCCACCUUAGACAGGUGGUCUGUCUGAAAGCAGUGGAGUCUGGCAGGAGUCGCUGUGUCCUCUUCAGCAAAACCUUCUACAGCCUGAGAUAGCAGGCUUGGCUAGGAAGAGCUGAAAAAUUGAAUUAGGAAGACGUUUAUUUGAAGAUGGCAAGUUCAUGGAGGGUACCUGCUCGAGUGUUACUGUCUGUUGCUGUUGUUUUCUCUCCUCUGAAUCCAGCAGCACACACAAGUUCAAGCUUAGCUUUGGGGCUGUGCUUCACCCUGAGCCUAUGUGCAAAUGCUUUGCUGGAUGAAGGUAUCCCCUUCUUUUACACUUUUUUCUUCCCUUCCCCUCUUUUUGUCCCUGUAUCUUCCAGAUGUCUUUGAUCCAGACAAAAUAACUGCUUGCUUUUCUGCGUUUUCAGAAAAUCUCUGUUGGUCACGUUUGGAUAAUUUUCCACUCCCUGUUAUUACCUACCCUUCCUGCUAUCCUCCCUCCCUCCUUGUAGGCCUGCUUUGGUAAACAUUUUAUCUGACGAGACCAUCGUGACAAAACAUGAAUUAAGAUUGUAGAUGUUUGUGAUUUAUUUUAGAGUUGACUGUAAACUUUUUACUGUUUAAAAGGCAGCAAGGACAGUGUAGUUUCGUAGCUUUCUUGUGAUUUUGUUUGGUCUUUUUUAAACAGUUAGAAUAUUGCAGAUUUUUUUUUUCAAGAAAAACAUGCUAAACUUUAGUUUUUCCUGCAAAACAUGAGUUUCUUGAACCGCUGUUUCAAAGGUUAGUAAGUUGGAUACUAAUGGCAGGUACGAGAGGACUGAUUGUGGAGCUUGUGGAGCGCAACUUACUCUAUUGCUUUCCAUGGUAUGCUGUUUGUCAGUCUCUUGUCUCCAGUGGGGGUUUGCUGGGAGUGUGAAAUUCCAUUUUGUGAUAAUUCCAUUGUUUUUUCACAGUAAUGUUUCAAAAUGUUGCUUCAGUAAAUCGUCCCUUUUGCUCUCCUGCAAAGAUUUGCUUUUACCCUGAUGUUGCACCCCACCAGCAGUGCCCCAGACCAAGCAGUUCCACCCUUGUUUUGAGCCUUCCGAAGGAAGAACGUUAGCUCCGUGAAUUCCACAGCCUUCUCUGGGUGAUGUCAGUGAAAAACAGAGGGAGACACUUGGCAGCAAGACUGUGCAGGCUGCCAUAGGCAGACUCCUUCUCUGAGCCUGGUCCUUCAGCAUUCAUUCAUGACCUGCUCCAUUCCCACUCCCUUGGCUCUGCUGUCCCUUGUUCUCACUCACCAUGACGUUCAGAGGCAGAGCAUUCAUUGUUGUGUUCGCCCCCACGGCAAAAGGGCUGAGAUUAUCCCCGGUGCAGGGAGGAAGGGCCCGACCCCACGCUGUUCUCAUGGCUCUGGAGCAGAAUGAGCUCCAGAGGCCGAGCAGGGCAGCAAUGGGAGGGAGCUCCUGAUUUAUGGGACAGCCUGUGGGUGCCACGGGCUCUCCACGCUUCCAUCACCAGUGGCUGCAGUGAGUGGCUGUGGGGUUUCUCUCGAUGCCCUGCUGUCCCCAUCCAGGUGACUUAGCUCCUCCAGAAAGUCACAGUGAUCCCCCUUGGCAUUCAGAGUCCUCAGAGCUACAGGGAACACGGCCCUGAUGGCCUGUCCCACACCUGGAAUGCCUGUGUCAUGGGCACUGCUCCUGUUUCUCACCUUUGUGUCACUUGGACACCAAAUUCUUUGGUACCGGGACACUUUCUGUCCAAGAUUUGCUCAUCAGCCAAUGCCAGACAAACACGGACGACCUGCAGGAGAACGAUUUCUGAAGCAACUCUGUGUCCUUACAUACCUGGUUUCCUUGUAUUUUACAAGAGGGAUUUUCCCCCUUUGAUGGCAUAGGAUGUAGAAUAUUUAUUGUAGCUGUAGCAAAGUGAUGAAUUGUGCGUAGACUUGACAGGGCAUUGUUUCUCUUACAGGCACUGAUUGAUUGAGAUGUUUAAAUCUGAAUACAUUUUGUACACUUCUUUUUUUCCACACUGAGCUUUUCAGCCUGUGUAUUGAAUAUCCAGUGUUAUUUAGCAUUGAUUCAUGUAUGUGCUGUGUAUACUUGUGUGUUUCCAGUAAUUUUUACUGUCGUCGUGCUGUUUCUGAGAUGUUAUUUCAACUCCUUUUGACAUAGUUUAGCUACUUGGAAUUUUUUGGACUUCCACAAAAUUCCAUGCUUAGUAAUUGCUAGAAUGAAGAGAACAAAGGGAUGUUCUUUCCCACAAGCUUUUCAACCUCAGUAGGAGCUUCUUCGGCCAAAAUGAGCAUUUGACUUUUCUUUUUCACUUUUUUUCUUGUUAAUACAAUAGUGCUGAUUGGUUUUUAAUCCUGGGAAUUCUGAAUUCCAUGUUGACCAUUCCUAGCAAUAUUUUACAGAAGCAGAGAUAGCUGUGCCAUAAGGAGUUAUACUGAUGAUAACAGAAUUGAAAUAUUGUAAUUAUUUGGCGUUUAUUUAUAAAUGUUUUUUCCACUAUUAGGUUUUUAAGCAAAUCUUUUCUCAGUGUGAUAUAAGAUUAAAAAGACACUAAAGGACUAAGCACUCAACAUGUACAAGGAAAGGGAUUCUGGUAAAUGACUUCCAUCUGUAUGAGCGAAAAAUAGCUUAGGAAUUUUUGUCAGAACAAAAGCUGAGUUUCAGUUACACACUUCCUGAGUCCAUUAAUUAAUUCAGCGAUUUCAAUGAAACCAUCCCUGUCCUGGAAACCAGAGAUACACUUUAAGGACCCCCUGAAUCCACUCCUCAGUAGCAAAAAAAGCUGAGUUUUGUAGAAAUAAAGUGUUGCUUAAAUAUAGCACCUUCAAAGCAUUUCUGUCUUGUAAAAGAUGAGAAUGUUAUCUUUAAUCACCGAGUACCCAUUUAUCAGAUAAAGAAGCCAGUGAUGAUAUUAUCAGAGGUGCUGGUCUAUAUUGUGAUAAAAACUGCUAUGCAGAGCUGUGUAUUACUGUUUGAAAUACCUUAGUACGGUAUUUACAUUAAUUAUCAACGUUAGGAGAACAGAUAUGUGAGAUUUUAGGAGGAAGUUUGGUUGGGGAAUGGGUUUUUGGAUAACUAAAAGCGGGCUGAAAAACCCGGCAGGAUGUUAUGAAAAACGUCUCUGGCUGGGGGGUGGUUGUAGUGUUAAACGUGACAUCGGACUUAAAGUGUCAUCCCAUUGUUUUCCAAGAGAAAUCGGAUGGAUUCCCCGUGCCUUGUGUUGAAGCUUUGUGUCGAUGUUUUAGUGAGGUUUCUAUUCUAAUGUAUAAACGAAAUACAUACAUACAUAGCUAUUCCAGUACAGUCUGCAUUUGUUCCCUACGAUGUACAUACUUUCUUCUCCUUUUAUAAAAAUGCCUGUUUACCUGCACGUAGUUUGUGUCUUUUGUAAAUGACACCACAUGCAAAUCACAGCCCAUAAAUUCACUUACAGGUGAAUUCCCUUCCCCUUUAGGGCUGGGUUUCAGGUUCCUGUGCUGAGGCAAGCACGCCAUCUGCUGUUUGCCAGUCAGGCCCGGGAAGUGUGGAACUGGUGGGGAAAUGUCAAUGGAUUUAGGAGAGAAACCUCGAUGUCAAUGGAUUUAGGAGAGAAAUCCUCGAUUUUAAAGGAUAGAAACCUCAAAGACUGUUAUCACUACAAAAUUAGAUGGCUGGAGAGAGGACAGAGUCCUUCCUAGUGCCUGUGUGAGGGAAAGGCAGCAACAUCCACGGAGCCCUAGCACUGGAUGCUGCAGAAUCUGCACAGGAGAAAGCCUGAAAGCUCCCAUGGCACAAACAGUGAGCGUGGAGCGAGGCAAAAUCCUCAAGGAUCUGGAUGUUUAACAGUGACUGAUGCAUAAAGCUGUAUAGGAAAACAAAUAUGUUUGAUGAUCCAACUGGCAAUGGAGUGUUUCAAACAUUGCUUUUUUACCUUUCCUUGAGGCUUCAAGGUCACUCUUGUUAAUAAAGUGAUGGCUCCUGGAUGGGCAUUGCUCUGCCCUGGGAGAGCAGUGAAAUCUUGCACUUGCUCAAUAAAUAAAUGUUCUGGGGGCUUGCUCUGUCCUGCCUCAGACAAACCAAAGGUUGAGACCCAAAGGUUGGCUUGUUUCAAAACAUUUUCAUUUAUUUAUAGGACACAGCUGAGAUUUUUUUUCCUUUAGGACUAUGCAGUUAGCAGGAAAAAAGAGCUAACGAGGUAAAUUGUUUUGUUUUAAAUCAAACUCAGGAACAAUUAUGAAAGCAGACAAACAAGCAGGGCUGUGCUGUCCUUACCUGUGAAGCUGCUCUGAAAAGAACCUGGAGCUGAGCCAGGGAGACAAUGUGCUUGUCUGUGUCACCAGAGAAAGGAAAUGUGUCACUGCUCCAAAGGACACCAGAGGGUGUCACAGCACAGGGACAGACAUCCUCAUCAGCACAGCAACCAUCAAUCAGAUCUAAGGUCCCUUUGCUAGAGGUGAGAAGUGGGAAGUGUGAUCUGUUCAGUGCAGAUCUGGAGGGAUUUGGAGUUGAGUGACUCGCUGCUCAAGCAGUCCAAUGACACAUUGCUGCAUCUUUGCUCCUCUGACAAACAAACAGGGUUCUGCAAAUGCCAAACCCAAAUCAUCACAUCAGGAGUCCCCAGACGAAGAAUGUGUCACUUUCUGCACCAAAAAGCUGUGCUAUGGUAAAUGCACAUUGUUGCAAGUAGUUUUCUUACAGAAAUUCACAGGGAUGGAGGCUUUCCUGCCCUUUAGCUUGGCAGUGCCUGGUUGCCACAUUGAUCUCUGGCCAAAGGCAUCACUCACAAAUGUAUGGUUUUAUCCAUCCAGCUUUCCUCAAACUCAGAAACUGAAAUAGGUAUUUUAGGAGUUAAUGUAAAAAAUUGCAAUCCUUGGGAGGUACAGAGCACCAAGACAAAAGCAUCGGUCCUUUCUCAAGCCACCACUCAGUUUCCUUAGCUAGAAGUCCUGUUCUAAAUCUUUGGAGAAGCCAUUGAAUACUCGAGUCCCACAGUUUUCCCUAUCCCCUUCUGGCUAUUCUUUCUGAGUUGAGGAGAGCGAUCCUACAACGUAUUCCUCAGCUGAAAACAGUGUUAUUUUCUGGGGUUUGUUACCUAUUCUUUUUUUUUCCUCAUUCUGAAAGAUAUAUUUGUAUUUUUAUUUUUUUUGUCUUAGGGAGAAGUUAUGUUCGUUGUGAUUAGACAUUUAAUUGGUAUUUUUACUUACAUGGCUAAGGAAUAAUUAAGAUGCGAUCUUAGCUGCAUUUGAGGAUAAGUAAAAAGGAUUAAAACCUCCUUUUAAAGGAUGAAAAGACAUGUUUGAUGUUUUGCUAAGCUAAUAAGCUACAUUCAACUUUUAGAAUCAGUUGGUGUUUGGGGAAGAAAGACCUUUCCCCUUGCUUACACACUUCAGCUAACCUGUGACUGCAGCUAAUCAGCCCUCGUUAAACAACUGACACACACAAAGACUUCAAAUUCUGAAGUACGUGGGAUGGUCUAAUUUAGGAAAGUACUAUUAAAAGAGAGUUCUUCAGAAAGCUGGGAUGUAGGUUUUCUGGCUUCUUUAGCCCAUUGUACCCAAUCUCCUGGCAUAACAAGCACAUAAGCAAUAUGAAAGGUGGAGGAAGGGCUUAAAAAUGCCUAAAAAAUGGGAAAAAAAAUAAUUCAUUACAGAAAUAUAGAUCAGUUGCAGAACUUGGCUGUUAAAGGAGUUCACUAUAGACACACAUCAGCUUUGCAUUGGGCUAUCCUAAUGCCAGGGCAAUGCUUACACUGAUUUGAUCAAGUUCCCUGGAUUAUACGCACGCAUGAAAGGGAGCUUUUGGAGUACUUGGCAUUCCUGUCCUGCCAGGAUGACCCUGAACGCCUGCCAGCCCCAGCGAGAGCCAAGCGCUGUCUCUGGGUUCUGGAGCUGUGAAAUAUUCAUUGCAAUGUUUGAGCCAUAACAGCUUCUGCCCCAAAAUGGGAGUGCCAUAAACAGGCUGCUUCCCCCCUAGCCGGGGAGUCAGGCAGGCAGCGGGCUAGAAAUGAUCAGAUAGAUGUGUUGUUUAUUUUGACAAAGUAACAGAUUGUGGUUGCGCUCAGGAGGCAACAGGCAGAUGGUCUCUGCACAACCUAGAGAGGGCAGGCCCCGCUCCUGCUGAGUGGGAAAGCUCUGCUUGACUCCAGCACGGCACAAACGAGGCUGAGCAACAGUUCUUCCCUGAACAGCUCCAUCCAAAUGGCACAAACGAGGGUUAGCAACAGUUCUUCCUUCAACAGCUCCAUCCAAAUGGCACAAACGAGGGGUAGCAACAGUUCUUCCUUCAACAGCUCCAUCCAAAUGGCACAAACGAGGGUGAGCAACAGUCCUUUCCUUGAACAGCUCCAUCCAAAUGGCACAAAGGAGGGUGAGCAACAGUCCUUUCCUUGAACAGCUCCAUCCA